AUGCGUGUUGUUUUUCUAUUCUUCUUGGUGGCUUUCACUGUCACAACUACAGCCAUUCUGGUCACCUAUCCGCCAAAAGGCGCAAAGGUUGAUUGGAGCCAGCCUGUCAUCAUCAAAUGGCGGUCGGUGGAGACUGACCCCACCACUUUUGACCUCUACGUAGUCAACCAGGCUGUUAAUCCUAGUGUCUCGACAUUGGUAGCUUCCGAUGUGGAAACAUCCAAGGGUUCCUAUACUAUCAAAGCCAAUCAUAAGGAUUUGACUUCGUCUGACACUGGAGGUGGCUAUCAAAUUGAUCUCAAGUCGAGUAGCGGCGAUGGUAUUCUAGCCCAGUCGCAGCAGUUUCAAGUGACUGAUGGAAAGGCUGAAUUUUCUUCAGCCUCCAGCUCUGGCAUCGACUGCUGCCAGUACACCUUCAACGUCUGCUUCCUUGACUUCUUCUUCGACUGCUUCUUCCACUCCUGCGACUACUGCUCACUCCUCCACCACCCCCACAUCUAUGUCUACGUCGACGUCUGCUUCUACAUCUACCUCUACAUCGUCGACAUCAUCAACAUCUCAUUCUACCACUACUCAUACUCCUACCUCUACAUCACAUUCCACUACGAAGAUUCAUACCAAAGCCCAUACUUCCACUUCUUCUUCUACAAGCACCAGUACUCCUGGUCAGUAUAUGAGACGACUUCCACGACUACAGAGACCACCACGUCCACCACCAAGCACACAAAGACCAUGGAAACCACUUCUACCCCUUCGGCUUCUACGACCUCCAAUGCCGCCGGCUUGCUCAUGCCUCCCGACCAGGCCGGCAGCCUGCUUCUCGGUCUUGCCAUUCUACUUCUUUGA